AUGAAGUUCCUCUGUCUACCCGGUGCGUAUGGCAGUGCGGAGAAAUUCAAGGUGCAGCUAGCGCCUCUCGUCAAGGAGUUGACUUCUGACAACUCUGCCGAGUUUCGCUUCAUCGAUGCGCCAUGCGAGGCGGUCCCUCCAAAGGGCUUCGAAGACUUCUUCGGCAAGCCUCCAUACUACCGCUUCAUCGAGCCCGAUGACAAGACGAGCGAGGAGACCGAUCCCCUCUCGCGCAUCCGCGACUUCCCCGAGUGCGACACGCCAGAGGAAACCAUGCGCGAGCUCAUGAAGGAGGGCGUCGCCAGCUGCGUGUUGAGCACCAUUAGCGCCAUCCAGUUCCUGUUCAAGAUCAUGGAGGAAGAAGGCCCUUUCGAGGGCAUCAUUGGAUACUCUGAGGGUGCCACCAUGGCGGGAACCUUGCUCUUGGCCGAGCAGAGGAGGAAGCAGCUCGAGGGCUACGAGCCCAUGAUCAAGUGCGCCAUCUUCUUUGCUGGGUGGCCACCUCUGGACCCGCAGACUUUUGCCAUGGUCCUAUCUGAUGAGACCGACACCAUGAUUGACAUUCACUCGUGCCACAUCAUCGGAUCGCUGGACCCGUACGUGGGUGGCUCCUUGGCAUUGUACAAUGCUUGCGACCCUGAUAUCGCUUACAUGUUUGACCACGGCAAGGGACAUACCCUGCCGAGAGAUGCAGCCGUUAUCAAGGAGCUGGGUGAUGUGGUGAGAAACAUGAUCACAGAGGCCACGGGAGCCAAUGACGAAUAG